GGAAAAAGCCAAGAGGCUUGGAGUUCAGACUCAGUGUCAGUUGCUUGAGCUUUCCAUCCAGGGGAGCAUAGACUUUGAAAAAUCAAAGCUGGGCACAUACUAUGGAUACCAAAUGUUGUAAAACAACUAUUUCUUCUUCAACACCACACCAGAGGUGCUCUAGGAUUACAGAUUUUAGGGCUAUCUCUUCUAACACCAACUGCCAGCAUAGUGGUCUUAAAGCCAACAGCUGCCAACCAACUGGCCAUGUUCGGAGGACCACCCACAUCCAGGGCUGCCAAUCCACUCCUUGCUUGUGUCUCACGCCCGUCUGCUUAAUAAGAAGCUUCAACACCUGUCCCUCUCUGGAUGAUUGUGGCCAGUGUGGUGAAGGCAUCAACAGUAAUGAGAAAGGGACCAUGCAAAUCUUGAACGACCGCCUUGCUAACUACCUGGAAAAGGUGCGAAUGUUGGAACAAGAGAAUGCUGAACUGGAGGGUAAAAUCCAGGAAGAGUGUAACAAAGAGCUCCCUGUCAUCUGUCCUGACUACCUGUCCUACUACACUACCAUUGAGGAACUCCAGCAGAAGAUCUUGUGUACCAAGGCUGAGAAUUCCAGACUGGUCUCACAAAUUGACAACACCAAACUGGCUGCCGAUGACUUGAGAGCCAAGUAUGAAGCCGAAGAGUCCCUACGCAACCUGGUGGAGGCAGAUGCCAAUGGCGUACAGCACAUCCUAAAUGCGCUGACCCUGGGCAAAGCUGACCUGGAGGCACAACUCCAGUUUCUGAAGGAGGAGCUCCUUUGCCUCAAAAACAACCAUGAAGAGGAAAUCAAUUCCUUACAGAGCCAGCUUGGAGACAGACUCAACAUUGAAGUGACCACUGCCCCUUCUGUUGACCUAAACCGGGUUCUACAAGAAAUGAGAUGUCAGUAUGAGUCUAUCAUGGAGACAAACCGCAGAGAUGUGGAACAAUGGUUCAACACACAGAUGGAGGAGCUGAACCAGCAGGUGGUGACAAGCUCUCAGCAGCAGCAAUACUGCCAGAAGGAGAUCACUGAAUUGAGACGCACUAUGAACAUUCUGGAGGUUGAACUUCAGGCCCAGCAUCGAAUGAGAGAUUCCCAGGAAUGCAUCCUGGCGGAGACGGAGACCCGCUAUGCGGCCUUGCUGGCUCCGAUCCAGUGUCUGAUCGAUAACCUAGAGGCUCAGUUGGCAGAGAUCCGAUGUGCCCUGGAAAGACAGAACCAAGAAUACGAGAUUCUGCUGGAUGUCAAGUCCCGGCUGGAGUGUGAGAUAACCGCAUACCGCAGCCUUCUGGAGACCUUGGACGGCAAGCUUCCCUGUAACCCGUGUGCCACCAAAUGUGAGCCUUCAACUUGCAUAUCCAGGAAGGCCAGAGCCAUAGAAUGCACAGCCCCAGUUUACACAUCAUCCUCAGCCCCCCGUGGGGUACGCAAGCCCUGCAGAGCCCGUGGAGGCCUGUCCCGGAUCCUGGUUAAAAUCUGCACCAUCACCAAGGAGAUUAGGGACGGGAAAGUCAUUUCUUCUCAUGAGCAUGUGCGGCCUUGCUUCAUCACCAGACCCGCCACAGUCUAACAUCCCAAGAUGAUGAAAAUGACCCUGAUUCGCGAAAGAGAGGCCAAUUCUUCCUCCUGCCAGAAAGUUUUAAGAACUCCCCAGUCCCUUCAGGUACUUCGUUUCUUUACCACUACAGUGGGUCCCCGUUGAUAGACAGAAUAUCUUUCAUUCUGCUCCUUCCCUAAGUUGCUGCUGCCAACAUGAUAAAAAAAUGACAUUUCUCUGGGAGCACACAUCCCAUUUAUCUGAGGGACGAAGCUGAUGUGUAAGCGCCCAGGAAGGUGACCUACAUUAUGUGAUUCCACAGGUGAUAGGCAGGUUUCUCUUUUGUUUACUCAAGUCUUGUUUACUUAUGCUCUUCAUUAGAGCCAGUCAGACAAGUUCUAGGAUUGUUUUUGGCCAUGCCACCUGAAGGUGAAAAGCUACAACCUUCCCUUCUAAACUCCUUUUUUGGAUGUAGAAAGAAGCCUGUAGGGGAAAAGCACGAAUAGGGAACAUUUCGUUCUCUUGAACACACAGUCACAAGUCUGAAUCCUGCUGAACUUUGCUGUUUCAAUUACUGUUUAUCCAUACUCAUACUUUACCAUCCCCAAGAUAUUUUUGAAGAUGUCCAUGUUCUCCAAAACUUCAUGAGCCAUUAGGCUCUCCAAAUAUUUUCAUCAAGAAUCUGGAUAGUUCUGGGGAGAAAAUCUAGAGCAUUCUGAAGAAAUAGCAUGGAUCCUUUCACCAAAUGUUUGCUAUUUCUCUUUCUAUUUUUUAGGGAGUGGAAGUUGGUUCCAAUUUUUUGACAAGGGACAUGUAGCUGGAACUCUCAAGAAAUAACCCUGCCCCUCUAUCUUUCUGAGACGGGUGACCAUGAAAACAAAUAACUUAGAUUCCUGCUUCAAUCUAACCAUAAGAGAGAAAUAGACUUGAUAUCCACAAACUUUGCAGAAAAGGAAUCAUGACUAAUUGCUGCUUGUAAGCCCAAGGGAGACCCAGCGUGAGAAGGCAUCUUUUAUGUACCAACCAUUAUCAUAGCUUCUUACAGUAGGGGCACAGAGGGUUUAAGGAAUUCCCUACAAAAAUUAUUUGACGUUUCCAGAGGUUUUAGUAAAUAAUUCCAAAUCAAACACAGAAUGUGGAGUCAAAGGCCUGAAGUCCUGAACUUGCCACUUCCUAAUGGUGACCCUGGGCAAAACAUUUAGCCUUCAUCAAGUUUAAUUUCCUUGUUUGUUAAAUGUGGAUCAUGCCUACUUCACAGGGUUGUUGUGAAGAUCAAAUGAAAUUGUUUAGGUAAUGCUGCUUGGUCUACAAAAAUGUUAUUUUUAUGUAAGCUUUGCUUUUAGCUACAGCCCUAGACUUCAUUGUAUCAUUAUUAUCUCAUGUUAAAAUUCUUUCUCCAUGAAUUUAGUUAUCCAGUCAUGAUUUUUAACUUUUAAUAGUGUUUGGUUUUGGGAGUGGUGGUGGGGGGAAGAAGAGAACAAGAUCUCCUGUGAUCGAGCCCACAGUUCUACUCAAUAAAGCAUUUUUGAAGUCUUA